AUGCCCCCGAAACUACGAUCAAAACGCCCUGGUCGUCCCCGUCUAGACGCAGCCAGCAACGCCAUUCUGUCCGACGACCGCCGCGACCAGGUCCGUCGCGCCCAGAAGGCCUACCGACUGAAGAAAGAAGCCACUUUUCAAAAUGCAACUGCCCGUGCUGAACAAUUAGAAGCACGUAUGCGCGAGGCCGCUAACGAGGUAAUGGGAUUGGAUAAUGCCGCUGGCGAGGCGGCGCUGCAUCUCUCUCAUCCUGAUAUCUAUGCACGGUUGCAGCGGCUUCGUGGGAUCUUGACGAGUAUAGACUCUGGCUCCAUUGUAGCGUCUGAAUCUCCAAAGGGGGCUGUGUCUGCGCAUCGAUUCCGCAGUUCAGAGGCGUAUCUUGAAAUCCCUCCCGCCGUUCCGGCAAAGGAAUAUACAUAUUCCUUCCAGGAAACACACUUCGCCAGGCGUCUGCAGCGGUACUGCCUCGAGCACGCAUACCGUCUCUUCACAGGAUCCGGAUCCGGGUCUGACACUGACCCGCGCGACAUCUAUCGCGUAUUCCGCCUCAUGCCUUGCAUUAGAGACCAUGAGAAGACACAGCCGCGGUUUCUGGCGUUGUUGAAUGGGGGCCAGCAUGAUCCGCUCGAGGUCUUGAGCCUCCCGUUCUAUACUGUUGGUGGUGCGGGCAUGCACUACCCAGAUGUUGAUGAGUCUGGGAGGGUAAUAUACCCUGGUAAUAGGCGUGUUCCGGGGCGGAUUCUGGGGAUCUUGCCGACGGCUGAUCGAGACUCCAAGGGCUCUCGGGAGCUGUUGGAGGUUUGUGGGUUUGGGGGAGAGUGGUUUGAUAGUCGUGAUGUAGAAGGGUAUCUCAAGCAGAAUGGGGUUGAUGUACAGGGAGGGUUAUUUCCCCUUGUGCAGAACAGGAUGGGGCCAUAUGUAUUGGAUGUUGAAGGAUUCUUUUCGAGGCUUGUGACUGGGUUCGUCAUUCUCGGCCGGGCACCUGGGUUCAGGAAGACAGAGGUUAAGAGGGCGUUCCGGGCGUCGUUAAGGGCCAAUGGAACUGUCUGA